AUGCCUUCUCCCCCCCUCAGACCCUCCUCCGCCUCUUCCUCCGCCUCCUCCUCCGCCUCCUUCCCUGCUCUCCUCCGUACCAUGUCCCAGUCCUCCCUCACUGCCAAGCUCCUCCGCAAGCUCCUCCGUCAUGAUCCUGCCUCCCACGCUCGCCGUCGUCCGACCCCUUCCUCACCCGCCAUGCAGCCCGAUUAUCCCAGCGACGUCGUCAAGCACCUCUGUGAUGCCAUCGGCUCUAUGACGGGUCACUACGCCUCGCUCUCGCGGCGCGCUGCCAAGCAGAGCAAGUCCAUCGUCGCCAUGGCUGAUGCCGUCGCUCAGUCCAACAUGGCGGUCUGUGCCAUGGUCGCCGAGCUCGCGGAGAUAGCGAGCGGUCUCUCAGACGUCUGCCAGGCCGUCAUGGCUCAGCAGGAGCAGGUGCUGGUGCUGCUGCAGGCCCAGCCUCUCCCGCCGCAUGCCGUCUCCUACAAGGACGUCAAGAUCAAACAGGACCUCUAUCCCGCUCACUCCCUCCCGCCCGACGAGGCACACGCCGCUGUCACGCUGCCACACCACAGCGACGUCAAGCCCUGCUCUAGCCUCCGUGUCGAGCCGGCCAUGCUGUCUCCUGCUCCCUGCCCUCCAGUCGAGCCCGCCGCGGCCUUGCAUGAAGCAACGACAUGCGUCUCCCCGACUGCUCUGGCCAAGACAGACGAGAGGAUCGAGCUCGACGAGCCGCUGGCGGAUCAGCGGGAGCGAGGAGGGCCCGCCAGCUCGAAGCGCGAGGGCGCGGCCUCGAGCUUCGGCUUCGCCUCUACCGUCGCCGUGUAUCACCCGUUCCGAGGGAAUCGGACUGAAAUCAAGUACGUCGACUGGUUCGCCGUCAGAGGGCGCGUCGCCGCCCUGUGCGACGGAGGACGGCACGGCCGGCUGUCGGAGCGGCUUGCCCGGAAGAUGGCUGCUGCCUUCGUCUCUAUGAGCCCGCCUUCUGAGGGCCCGUACCUGGCCGAGGACAGGUACUCGCAAGCCAUCGACCAGACCAAGGCGGAGCUCAAGGAGAGUGACGCCUCGAUCAAGGAGAGCAUGAGGUCAGCGUCUUUCUUGGGGCUCGAGCUCUGCCCAGAGCAUAGCAGCGGCAAUGUCCAGGUACGCGCGCUGGUGAUCGGGAGCCCCCGCUGGGCCGUCCUGUCCUACAACCAAGACGAGUCGAGGUCAGAACACGCCCCCAAUGCGAGCAUGUCCCUGCUUCUGACUGACCGGCCGUGUGGCAGCUUCGAGUGUCGCCACCUCUCCGAGCCCUGCUCGGAUGUCACAGGCUCCCGCGGGCUGGCGGCCCGGCCGUCCGCUCUCAGCAUCGAGGCGCGGGACGGGGACAUCCUUGUCAUCGGCAGCGACGGCUUCUGGCGCAACGUCUUCUUGCCGGGGAGCGGGGGCGGCGAGUCGAAGCUGCGGUGUAGCCUGGUGGAGAGUGCGGGCAAGGCGCUCAAGUACGUCUCUACCCAGAGCACUCCAGGACAGGACUGGUCCCAGUGCACCAAGUUUGUUGAGCAGCUCGGCAAGGACUUGUACGGGAUCGCCAUGGGAAACAUGAGCAAUGUCAAGGGCUAUGAGGACGACAUGACCGUCCUUGUGACGCGGGUGAAGAGAGGAGAGGCCGGCGUCGAGCUUGACGCGAGCAUCGACGCAAGACCGAUGCUGACCGGCGGGUACUACGUCGUCAGGGAGCCGCCACUCAGCAGCAGGUCCGAGGAGCGUCCGGCGCCAGCGCCGGUCUCUCACAAGGAGCCUCAAGAACUCGGAGGCAGCUCAGUCAGGGCCGAAGGACCCGGAGGUCGCAUCGUGUCGAUGAGCCAGGCGGCUUGCGCUGAUUGUCCUGGGCCGGCACCAGGAGCGCGGCGCUUUGGCGGCGGCGCCAAGCGGCAGCAGCCUGAUGAGUCCGCCGCUGACAGCCACGGUGAGCCCCGGGAACAGCCCCGGAAGGUCGGCCCCGGAGCCGGGUUGCAAUUUGGAGCAAAGAAGCCUGUGAGUACAUUGUGUGCGGGGCUCAGAAACUGGACCGUCCGAGGCUUGAGGGACCCGUGCACUCAAGACUCUCAGUAG